UAAUCGUCAGGAGCACGCCAUAUACAGGAAGCCGACAAUGCUAUACUAGCUGUCUGGACGAGAGGUACCCGCAGUUGGGAAGAGAGCUUGCCUGAAUGGGCACCUCGACAAUAAUACAGCCGAUCUACCAUGAUAGAAUGAUAGUGUCUGGAUGCAACUGCAGAAUGCUCCUGUUACAGAUACACGCCUGGUCAAUGGAAACGGCGGGCGGUGGCACUCUUCAUCUGUCUGUCCCGCAGGGGAUGAAGAGGGAGAGCAUUGGACUACCAUGACUUCAUCGCAGAGCACCCGCCCUUCUCGACUGAAAGCGUAAAUUGACCGAGCCGAGGAGUUUGCAGGGUUUCACUAAGGUAUCAAGCCAGAUAUUGGUGCGCAUCAAGUCCGCCGUGGAUUGCUUAUGAUUGAAGAGCUGGAUAUAGCUCAGGUUGGUGUGCGGUAUCUUCGUACAUCUUCGAGCAUUCAAGUUCUCCCGUAUCGGUGCGCAGCCUGAGUGUUGUGCCUCUUUUUGACGCGUUCCUUCCUUCCUGCUCCAGCCUUCGCCAGACUCGGAGCGUGACUGACUCCAUCAUUGACGCGCCCCUUCAAGCUCUUCUGCAGGCACUGGCAGUGUGAGGAAGGUGCGCUGGAACAUGGCUGCAAGUAUAUUAAUGCCACUGCCACACAACUGCUUCAAGUUCUUCCAUCUUCCUCGUUUCACUCUACUUCAUCAAAUCAACCCUGCAAGACCAAGCCCUGAAUUUCUUCAAAUCCAGCCUACCUCAAUCCUCCUUGAAUCAUCUUGCCCACUCCAACAUGUCUGACGCCGGCCCCAUCAGCGACAGCCGUGAACUGCUCUCCAACCUCAAGAAGGAUACCCACGAUGUUGCCCGCAGUGAUGCCCCCGAAGUGACCAAGGAACAUGUGCAAAGUGCCAUGGGAAAAUUCGCCUCCGCAAUCGCCCAGCAUAAGGGGGCCCAGAACCUUCAGCGAGGUAGCAACAACACAAUUGCCCAAGUGCCCAUGGCGGAUGGCACAGUCGACAAGAAGGCCGUUCAGGAGAGUUUGGAUGCAAAAGCCCAAGCCAUGAUGCCACCAAACGGUCAGCCCAUCCCACGAGGAAGUGAAACAAGCCGCCUCCAGAGCGCUGCCGACCAAUACCGACUUGCACAAGAAGGAUCUUAGACAACGCAGAGGAGGGCAGCCUGAUGUGAGAGCGAGGAAGCAAGACAGUCUGGCAAUCCAACAGUACCAGUAUGACAACAUGAUAUGACAAUAUGAGCUAUGUUGUGGGCGGAAAAGAACAUGGAUGGUGCCGUGGCAGUCAGGUACCGAAGAUGUACAGAAGUGGAUGUCAGGGAUGCACGUGUGUAAUGCAGUGUUGAGAAAGUAUUGUGUAUAUCAUAGUCAAAUGUUCAGUCUGGUUCGGAA